GUUUCUCUCAAUGAGCAGCCGUUGACUUCUCAUUAAAUCACCAAUAUUGUUUUUCUUAAAUUUUAAUAGAAAAUUGUUCUCUCAUUUAAUCACAAUUAACUUUUUAAAUUAUGGAUAUUUUUGUUUCUAAAUUACGGUCAACUGUGUCCACCACUGUAUCUAAUAUAAAUAAUAUAUUACCAGGUAAUCCAGUUACCAGAGAUUAUGAAAUAACAGGACAUAAAGCUUCAGGUGGUCCAGGUUUAACUUGGAAAAUUUACUCUGGAUUCAAGAAAAGUACCAAAGAAGAGGCAUCGAUAUUUGUAUUAGAGAAAAAAGUAUUGGACAAAUUUAAUCGUCGAGAUAGAGAAUUAACUUUGGACAUAUUGAGAAAAGGAGUUUCUCAAUUAACUAAGAUUAGACAUCCAUCAAUUUUAACAGUUCAACAUCCAUUGGAGGAAAGUCGUGAUUCCUUAGCAUUUGCCACUGAACCAAUUCUCGCCUCUUUAGCCAAUCUUUAUGGUAGAUAUGAUAACAUUGAGACACCAGUUCCACCAGAGAUUCGUUCAUAUGAAUUUUUUGAAGUUGAAAUCACUUAUGGUUUACUUCAACUUUCCGAAGGAUUAGCUUUUCUUCAUAAUGAUGCUAAAUUAUUACAUCGGAACAUUUCACCUGAAAAUAUAUUCGUUAAUCGUAAAGGAUCUUGGAAAUUGGGUGGAUUUGAUUUUACUGUUCCACCAAUUGAUCCAAAUGAAUUUCCAUUGAAAUUUCCAUUUCUCAAUAUAACAAAUCAUCCAGCUGAAUAUCCAAUGCUAGCAUUACCCAAUCUUGACUAUGUGGCACCAGAAUAUAUUACCUGUAAUUCACCAGGUACUAGUGAUCCUAAUCUUAUCCUGGGAGCUGAUAUGUUUUCAUUGGGCUGUUUAAUUUACUAUAUUUACAAUAAGGGAAAACCACUUCUUCCCACUGCGGGUAAUAUCAAUUCCAUGUCAUCUUCACGUAUUGAUCGUUUCUCUCGUCUUCCAAGCGAAACAUUUAAUUCAAUACCCGCUGAUUUACAGAGACACAUUUCAUCACUUCUUUACAUUGAUCCAACAUUACGACCUGAUGCUCAUCGAUUUUGUAAAAUUGAACUUUUCGAUGAUGUUACCGUUAGAACUUUACAAUAUUUAGAUUCUCUCUUUCAAUUUGAUAACCUUGAAAGGUCGAAAUUUUACCGUGGACUACCCGAGAUUAUGAAUAAAAUGCCCAAACGGAUUAAAGUUGAUCGAGUAUUUAAUUGUUUGGUUAAAGAAUUUGUAAACGCUGACAUGGUUCCAUUUGUAAUUCCAAAUGUAUUUAUCAUUGCCGAGGAACUUUCUAGUGAAGAAUUUAUUGAAUCAAUAUUACCCCAUUUGGUUCAAGUUUUACAGAUGAAGGAACCAAUUCAAAUACCAAUGCUGUUAAUGAACAAUAUGGAAUUACUUUUAAAUAAAUGUAAAUCUCACCAGGAUUCAAUUAAAAGUCACAUCUUACCAAUGCUUUGCUGUUGCCUGGAAAACAAUUCAAUUGAAGUACCUGAAUUGUGCCUGAAAACCUUACCAACAGUUGCCCACCUCAUUGAUCAAGCAUCGAUGAAAAACUCGAUAAUCCCAAGAAUUAAGAAACUAUUUAACAGUACAAGCCAAUUGUCAACACGAGUUAAAUCACUAAUCUGUAUCGCUAAAUUGUUACCCUUUUUACACAAAUGGCUAGUCCUUGAUGAUAUUGUACCAUUUUUAACAACAAUCAAUGUCAGAGAGCCGCCGAUUAUCAUGUCAAUCGUUGGUAUCCUUAAAUUAGUCCUUUCUAAUGAUAAAUUAGGAUUAACCAAGGAGAUCAUGGCGACCAAAGUGAUUCCAUUUUUGAUGCCGUUGACAAUUGAAAAUGGUUUAACUACAAAUCAAUUUCUUCAAAUUGUGACCAUAAUUCGUGAAAUGAUUAGUUCAGUUGAAAAAGAGCAAAAAAGUAAACUUGAACAAUUGGAUAACAUGAGAUCUCAAAGGGACAGUGCAUUAGUUGCUUAUACAGCCAAAGAAUCAUCUUCAUCACCUUCGAUUAACAAUUCAUCUAAACCCGAAGGUGAACUUGACUUCUUUACCAAAUUAGCGAUAACUUCAUCAUCCGAACAAUCUAAAAGGUCAAAUCCUGGUUCCAUUGAAUUAUCUUCAGUUUCAAAUGAACCAAAAGCAAUUGGUUAUCAUCCGACUACGAUUAAUUCAUCUUCUUCUUCAUCAUCAUUCCCAAGUUGUCUUCCGUUGAAUGUUUCAAGCUCAUCGUCAGUAAAUAAAUCAACAAUUUCCCCUCUCCCAUUAAAACCCAAAGAUCUCACCGAAAAUUUGAUUGAUGAAAAAAUCCGAUCGUCAAUGUCUAUCAAACCAAUGAAUAAUAAAACAAAUGGACCCUCAGCAAUUAACAAUAAUACUGGUCAAUGGACUAACAAUCAAGGAUCAUCGUCCAGUUUUAAUAAUAUCAUGCCAACAGCAUUUACCAGUACUGCUAAUGCCUAUUCACUAUCAACUUAUCAACAACAAUCAAAUCGACAUUCCCCCGCAUUUCAGAAUCAAUAUUCAUCAACUAAUCAGCAACAAUUACGACCAUCUCUUGAUACUUCAUCACUUGACAAUUUAACUAUCCCUGGAUUGCGACAAAACAAUGUUAGUCCUUCAUUAAAUUCAAUGAUCAGACAAACACCAUUGAUUCCGUUUACAUCUAAUCCAAAACCAACUACUGGCGAUUCUAAUGGUCAAUCAAUUAACAAACUAUCUGAAUCUGAUCUUAAAGAGUUUCUAAGCUGAGAGUUAAUCAACUAAAUUAGAUACAAAUUAUGUUAAUUACUUUGAAUUAAUGAUGAGUCCAAAUGGAUCACAGAAAUAAAAUGAAAUGAUGAAAUGAAAUGAAAUCACUUAUCAUUUCAAUCGUUGCAGUGAAACAACAAUUCAUCAAACAAUUAAUGACACACAAUCAUCGCGACUAUUAAAUUACUCCGACGUUAUUAAAUCAAUCUAUUUCUUUGAAUCUUAAAUCAAUAAAAUUAUUAAUCGUUGAUUUACUAAAUGUUAUCGAAAUACGAAAAAUAAAUAUAUGUAAACAAUCAAAUGAACAAGAUCAUUGAUUAUCUCAAUAGGAAGUGAAUUUAUUAAUACCAAUUAAAUGGUAAAUAAUUUCUGCAGUAUUACUGAAUAAUUGAGCCAAUCAAUUAAUAUCAAUUUCUUCUUGUAUUUUAUGUCUAAAACC